AUUAUUCAAUAACUGCAAAAAUAAUUAACCCUUGUUAAUUAUUCGAGGGUUUAAUGAAGCACAUUCUUUUGACGUUACAACAAAUGGAAAACGCAUGACGUGUAAUAUCCAGGUUUCAAAAUAAAACUUAUCAUUAUUUAUAAUAUAUAUAUAUAUUAUACACGCAUUUCCACAUGACAAACCUGGUAUCGUAGAUAAGGAGAAUCUUCACGUGUAAGGACGUAUGGCCCUCUUAAUCAUAGUUUAUGUAAGAACUACAGGACUAUAAAUACCAGUCCGAUACCAGGGGCAGUAGUGCCAUUUUACCGUAACUGGAAAGACCAAGAAGUACAAAAUGCUCAGAAUUUUUGUCCUCGUAUGCCUAUUUGCAUUGAACCUAACGACAGCGUUUAUUCUCGACACUUUCCUCGGAUCUGCCGUUGAACCCGUGCCUGAGCUCGAUGUGCAGAAAUAUUUAGGAAGAUGGUUCCAGAUGUAUGGAAGCCAGUCUAUAUAUGCCACAUUUGAAAGGGGUGCAUAUUGUGUAACUGCAGAUUACAUGAUGGCAACAGAUGGAUCUGGUCAUAUUAAUGUCCUAAACUCAGAACGCCUCAAUUCAGGAACCGGCCCAAUGAAGGUCAUCCAUGGAUACGCCACUCCUAGCGGCACCCCAGGAAAACUUUCUGUUCAUCUGGAAACCGUUAUAUUUGAUGCGCCAUACUGGGUGAUCAAGCUCGGACCAGCCACAUAUGGAAGUGAAAACCAAUACCAAUAUGCCAUAGUCAGCGACAAUGUUAAAGCCACCCUUUUCGUACUCGCCCGUGACCCGAUGGUAUUCCAGAGAGACUAUGAAGCAGAGGUUCUGCAAUUUCUGAAGGAAAAAGGCUUCACGUCUAUUGUUAAUAAGCCAGUUAAAACUUACCAUGAAAGUGACUGUGUAUAUAAUGAUCAACAUCAGUAGAUUUAUCCACAUAUAAUUAAUAUUGCAUCAAAUACAUGUUAAUGAUACCCAUAAAGUUUCAUUUACUUUGUCAUGUGAUUUUUAAUGUUUUAAGUGUCUGUUUUUUGUCAUGUCGUAUGCCCUCUUUUUCGAAAAUGUUUCUCAACGAGAAAUGAUCAUAUCGAUAUAUUAUGCAAUAUCAAGAAAUAUCUUCAAAGAUGUGCACAGUAUGUGAGAAUUUUAAUGAUAUAUGGUAAUUGAUCUCCCAUUUUUUUUAUAAUUAUACUCUUAUUACGUCAUUUUUCAAUAAAUAUGACAAAAUUUG